UGCAAAGCAAUCGGCCACAGUGUUAGACUUAUGGUCAGACUGACUUCGAAGUUCAUAUCGAAACCAAAUCGCAAAAUUAGCCGAAGUCGUGUUAGGCCCUCCUUCUAUGAUCUCGAUCGUCGCAAGCUUACUGUCCACCUGUGACUGUGUCCCCCUGCUCGAGAAUUCAUUUGACGCCAACGCUCGUCUUUGAGUUUGAGUUAUUUUACCAGAAAAAAACAACUGCCUGUUCGACGACAAGAUGGGCGGACGUGGCGGGCUCAACGAUUACGACGACGAUUUUUUUGAGGACGAAGAUAAUUUCAAGCCCGACCACGGCGUCGUUCUUGAUUACGCCAACACCGUGAGGAAUUUCAACGAUGAGGGUGAGGAAAUCCCGAAGCCUAGCUCCUACAAUAUGGCCCGCGCAAAUGUUACUAUCUCAAACGUUACAAUAGAAUCUGGAUUUUGUCUUGCAUAGAUAGAGAGCAUGAGGAACUACAUGCAGAGCUUUGCGCUUUUAGCAAUACAAAUUUCAUCGCCACAUUCUAAUGGGGUUUCGACCUCCGGAACUUGUCAUGCGAAAUCCUGUGUUGAAAGUACGCUAGAUGAUGCACUAUUUGCAUCGCAAAUUUCCACCAUUUCUAUUGUAACGUUUGAGAUUGUAGUAACGGCUGAGCACGCUAUAUACAACCUCACGGAGCACCUUCGCGCGGACCGGAAGAAGAGGAAGCUGCCACGACAUCGGUAUCCUGUGCAAAAGUGUCGUGCCAGCUUGCAUGACAGAUCUGCUCCUUUCUUGCCAGAAUCUGCAUUGCAAAUUCCAUUUUGUUGAAAGUUGUCAUGCGAUAUCUGCUAGCGCGAUAUUUUUGUAUAUGCAUAGUUGAAUGCUGGGACCGACCACGAGCUUAGGGAAAGACGCGGGGAAGUUUUCAACCACCAGCACCGUGUGGGAUUUAUCAGACAGAGAUAAUUGCUAGCAUACGCCGCGCAUAAAACUUGUCAUGCUGUGCAGCGCAUUACAGUGCAGGUGCACUCACUAUUCCCUUUAUUGCAUCACAACUUUCCAGACCCAGACAUCUUUGCAAUGCAUAGUACGUUUUAGCAAUUUUCCAAGUGAUAUAGCCACGGCGGCACGUACAUCAAGGGCCUCAAUCCAAGACUGAAGUUGUUCGGUAUAGAAAGUUUGUAAUGCAGGACAACGGUUUAUCGGUUUUGGAUUCAAUACGAAUUUCGUGUGCGUCUAUUCCAAUUUCUAUAUUAUGCAAUAAGAAAGCAGCUGCACAGCAUUAUUUGAUGCGUGAAAUAUACUCUUGCUAGCACUUCUACAUGAAAUUGAUCCAAAACAAGCACAUGAGAAACUGCAACACAAUCACAAAAAGGUCCCAAGCCAAACCCGAAGCGGGAGCAAAAUCUGGCGUCGAUAGGGGAGCUAAGAAAAACAGUGGAGCACAACCAACUGAGAAACACGCUGGGGGACUUGAAGCAGAGGUCAUUUUUGUGGCAGGAAGAAUACAGAGUCGGUACAAUUAUAUUAGACGUGUUUUAUUUUGGAGGAUGAAGCUCGAUUCGGUUUUUGUACUGUCGUAUCAAGAUAUAGACAAACCUGUGAUGCACACCCUGCAAAAUAGUAUUCGACUGUCAUGCGGAUUUACGACGAAUAUUGAACUACAUCACAGCCAACGACAUCACGCAAACACUGGAUUUCAUCGUGCGCCACGGCGGCCUAUCUUGUGCAAAACUAUCGUACUCGUAUUGCAGUCAUGCAUUACAAAUCUUUUUCUUAAGGUAAAUCCGCAUUGCAAAUUUUGUUUCUCAUGCUGGGGAAGUUUGUAAUGCAUUUAUACGAGUGCGAUAGGAUACUUUUGCAUUUCAUACGGCCCCGCGCAACGCAAAUCCAGGAAAGCGCACCGGUUAGAGGGCUUCAAAACUGCAGCGGAAAUCAAGAAGGAAAAGCUAGACGCCAUGAACAACAACUCGACACAAUCCACGCAAGCGAAGGACUAUGCAUUGCAAAUAUGUCUGGGUCUGGAAACUUGUGAUGCGGGUCGGGCAAUCUAUCAUGAGGACGCCUCAACAAUUGGCGGCUCAGCAUGACAAGUUUCAGAGUUGUGCCUAGGUGUUCUAGUGUGUUCUGCAUGACAAAGUGCGUUUCUGCAUGACAGAAAAGUGGUGCUUUUGGGUAAUGCGCAUGACAGACUUUUGACUCAUGCUAGCAGAGCAUGACAAGCCUUGCAUUCAUCGUCCCGACCCAGUUAUAUUUGCAAUGGAUAAGGAGAAGAAAAAGACCACGCACACGAAAGUGGUCGCAGCGGUACAGGGGAUUCGGCACGACAUCGAGAACGCGUAUGAAAACGCUUUGGACGAGGGGAUUAUUUCCUCCAGUAGUAGCGACGCGGGCGGGAACCAGUACGAGGCGCAGAUAUUACCCAACAUGUCGAAUAUCAAAUGCAAAAAUGUCUGGGUCCGGAAACUUGUGAUGCUAAAACGUGCAUGAUAGAAACACUUCCGAAUGCAGACCAGCAUUACAACUUUCCGGAGCACUUUCCCAUAGGCAGCCCGCAUGAGAAACUGCGUUUUUGCAUGACAAAAAUGGCUGCGGCUUUUGUCGGUUAUGCAAUACAGAUUUCCCAGGAAUGUAAAGCUAGCAUUGCAAGUUCCAACUUUACAGAUCCAGACAUAUUUGCAUUUGAUAUCGAAGUAUCAACCACAAAAAUACUGUCAUCUGGGUCUGGACGAAGGAUGCGAACAAUUUGCGUUGCUGGUUCUUGCAUGCCAAAGCGUUCUCGGUUAUACAUGACAGCAUGACACCAGGUUUAUUUCCGAUGUCCCUUCUUCGAGAUUCAAACUCAAAGUCAUCGGUAAAUAUAUCGCAUGACCACAUCAAUGCGCGAUCCAGCACGAGAAGAAUGCUGGCCACUCGUCCACGACCGAUUUGUCGUGCAUCAAAGAUCAUCUCGUUGUCCUCCGAUGAAUAUCGCAUCUUCACAAAUCCAGACCCAAUCAUGUUUGCAAUGCAUACAAUGCACGAGGUCAUGCGGGAAGCAGCACUGGCGAGCAAGCGAGUAUCGGAUCGGGUGGCGGCGCCGUUCGGUGGGUAUCAAAUGCAAAAAUGUCUGGGUCUGGAAAGUUGUGAUGCUGGGUGGCGUAUCAUGAGGAAGCAACAAGUGCUGGCUCAGCAUGACAAGUUUCUACUGAGCUUCUAGGUGUUGCCUAUUCUGCAUGACAAACUGCGUUUUUGCAUGACAGAAAAAUGGGGCUCUUCGGUAACGUGCAUGACAGAUUUAAGAGUCAUGCCAGACAAGCAUGACAAACAUGCAAUUUUCCAGCCCCAGAUAUUUUUGCAGUUGAUAGUGGGUACAACUUGUCCAUGAAUGUGCACCGGCAUCACCCACUGCAAGACCAGGUGAGGAAGCGGGAGCUGGAUUCCUUUCGAAAAAUCCAGUGGCGGAAGCAGGUACUUACUUUUUCGAAGAUAUAAUUUAUUUGAAAGACUUUGUCUUUGUCAUGUAGGAGUAGGCAUGAGAAGUUUGAGUUUGUCAUGCAGGUUUGACAUCAAAAACAAAAUGCAAACAAAAACAGGCCGCGUCCAAUUUGGAGGAGCACAUCAUGUCCCGAUACUGCUUUGGGUAUUCGCCGUAUGAAGACAGUCGCAUCUGGCCCAGCGUGCGGUUUCGCACCCACGCUUCGACGGACAAGAUUUUGCGGAAGACGGAUGAGUACGAAUUGCAAAAAAAAUGUCUGGGUUAUCUGGAAGGAUCCGAACUUGUAAUGCGUUUUUCAGAUCAUGCAAAGAUCUGUGAUGCAUAACGUGCAAAGAUGCCCACUUCUGGCUAUGCUGAGAGGGUAUUUCUCAUGCAGAAUAGGCACCACGAGGACCAAGGGGCUGUAGAACCUGUGAUGCUAGGCCCUGCAUUCCAGACGUGGGGGAGCUUGGAAAAACUGCAUGACAAAUCUCGGAUGAAUCUCCCAGACGCAGGCACAUUUGCAGUUGAUAACGAGCUGCCGGACUCGCUCUUCAUGCCCGAUGACUCCGACUCGGAGCUGGAAGUAAAAGUGGUUUUUUUUGUAUCAAAAGAAAAAAGCUCGUCACGAUCACUCAUGGGCAUUUUUGCAAGACAAAAUUGUCUGUCAUGCGUAAAAAUGCAUCACAACCACACUUCAUAAGGGAUUUCCCUAGUGUUUCUGCAAUACAAGGAGAAGUUGUGAUGCAAAAAAAAAUUGUAAUGCAAAUCCUGCAACUUAGUGACUGUGACAAACUUUUUUCUCUCCAUAUUUUGUGAUCUGGUUCUUCUUCUUGCUUUGUAACGUGAAAUUGGUAAAAAAACAUGCAUGUGCAAAUGCAUGGAAACCCUCUUGAGCACUGGUGUUGAUGAUUUUUGAUGCAUUUCUAGGAUGCAAUUGCAAAGAACUUUUCAUGACCCGCCAAGGGUCGAAGAUCAUUCCUCGUGGUAGAGCGCACUGUAUGGAAAAGUAGAUGAACAUCACUUGAUGUGCAGCCUUUGUACUUGCGGAUUUUAGUUUUGGAGGAAGAAACGGGCGGUUUACGAAGAUGCAUGUCCAGUUUGCAACAAGAGACCACUUCAUCUUCUGCAACAUGUAGUGUUUCCAUCUGAACCAUGUUGCGAAGGAGAGUGUCGAAACUCAUCAACUUUUGUUGAUAUUAUAUAUGGCCCGAAAAUCAAAAAAUUUUGCACUCUACGUACAAGUACAAGUACGACCUCGUGCUUGUUCUCACGUGAGGCACUACUGAAGUUGUACAGAGCGUCACAUUUUCAUAACAGGCUCGUAGAGGGUAUGGUUGUGGAAUUCUUUGGGUGAAGAACCUAACCUGUACAUACAAAAACAGUGCAUGUUGACGAUUCAGAUCUAGGGUUCUGUGUGCGGGACUGAAAAAUUGCAUUUUCUUUGCACCGCAAUAGCUUUUUCGCUUAAGUAUUUACAUUCCACGUGCUGGCAAACCUAGAUCUAGAUCUACUGUACGAGCGCAAUCUACUUCAAAGAAAUCUUAUCCUGUGCAAAAGUAUCGUACUCGUAUAAAUGCAGGUCUUGCAUUACAAAUUUCUUUGUCAAUGCAAAUCAGCAUUACAAAUUUCAUUUCUCAUGCUGAGAGAGUUUGUAAUGCAUUUAUACGAGCACGAUACUUUUGCAGUUCAUAAAUCUGUAACUCCAUACCCAACCGAAUCUUCGACCCUGGACAGCGCCGGGAGAGUAUGGAAAGAACUGGAACUCCAGAAAAUCUUUUACUGUCAUGCGGAGGAUGGCAUGACAGACAUUAUCUGUCAUGCCAUCUUCUGGAACAUCAUGACACGUAAUAGGUACCGGAUUUUCCCUGUCAUAACAUCAUUCUUUGAUGAUUCUGAUGUAAAAAAAGGCACGCGCCGGUAUGGAGGGGAAGAUCUUUUGUGGAUUCGGUAAAGUGCAUGACAAAUUCAUAGUAGAGCAGUUUGCAUUUUUUGCUGAGUUUUGUGUCAUGCAUGGCUCCACAACUGAUUCUGAUGCAGCAUAGAUUACUUACCAUCACAAGCAGAAUUUGUCCUGUGAUUUUUAGCCAAAAGAUCUUCUUCUUCGCUUGCAUAUCUUCACGUCGAAGGAAGAACAAGGUUGGACUGUCGCUGUAUGGAACGAAAAAACAGGUUGUUGUCAUUUUGAUUUUCAUCAAAUUUGUAGUGCAUUUUCUGCAGAGGAGCAGCCGCAAGGCCUUUGUACUCGACCAAACAAUAACAAGGUGGAGGAACUUUACGCACGGUGUGCUGUAUUGUUGCAAGUUUAGCAAUACAACUUUGUCGUGCACGGACUUUCAGACUUUAACCUCUAGUUUUUCCGUUUCAUACCCGCGACGUGGGGGCCGUGCUAGGACGUGGACUCUGAGGAGAGCACUUUUAAC